CCCACUGACGGUGUUCGUUAGCAAGGUGCUGUUGUUACAUUAGCUGGAAAAAUAUCCACAGAGAACUUGUCUCCUAAAAUGGACACAAGUCAGUCAUGGAAAUUAAAACGCUAUGGACGUUACGCUCCUGGCUCUACAAGCGGAAAACCGUGGAAGGUAUUUGAGGCAAAUGGCAAUAAACCAGAAAUCUUCCUCACCAUUGUGGAACCUGGAUACUUGCUGGUAGUGCAAGGACAGGAAAGCUUGGAUACAGUCCCUUUGCUCUGUGGAUCCAGUUCGCUGAAAGUACACCAGAAAUCUGACGAACUGAUGUUUCGACUUAUUGUGAAGGGGGAGAGCCGCAUGAUGAGGAUGCAGUUUGAUGGAAGUAACAGGGCAGAGGCAAUAAAGGAGUGUUCAAGAGCUGUAGAAAAACUGAUGGAGCACCUUCCUGUCACCGCUCAGGAUGACACCCCAUUGCCCCCUAAUCAGUCGCCCGCUGAGGUCCCUGCACCAGUGACACAGACUUGGCAGGAAAAGGCUGGGAGAGCUGAGCCUGAGGUUGUCCAAGGAUCAUUGUCCAUCGAGCACCUCGCUCAGCACUUCUUGGGAGAGACUGCUUUGACUCUGCCUCAAGUAUAUCACCACAGUUUUUUGGAACAAGGGGACUUGGAGCCCAUCCUGCGUGUUUGUCUGCUGGAUCCCAGCUUUCCUGCAUUUGUGGAGAAGGUGGAGGGGGAGCUGAGGAAACUGCUUCCAGAGUGAAGAA